UGUGGACCAGGAAGCAGUGAGAUCAGACUCAGGAGCAGGAGGGGCUGAUUCACACAAAUGUCCUCCCACAUACACACACACAGAUAAACGCACUUACCUCAUUGCCAGGGGAGGAGCUGUGAGUGCAGACCGCUACAGACUGCAACAGGGAUGACUUGAGAAACACAACAACAACAUGGACAUAGUCACUUGUACCACCAGCUCAUGUAACAGCUAGUGCUACCUGUGAAUAGAUUAAAUGGAUGCAGAUUUGAAGAUGGGAGCACUGCGGAUUUGAUGUACUGGAGUUUGGACGUGACUUUGUUGACCUCUGUCUGGACAUCGUCAUGGCAUCUCCAAGACACUAUGGUCACUCUCCCCGGCACAUUGCCAAUGUAAUGCAGAGGCUUCAAGAUGAGCAAGAGGCAGUGCAGAAGAGGACUUUCACUAAAUGGAUCAAUUCCCACUUGGCAAAGUGUGUGCCCCCACUGGUGGUAUCAGACCUGUUUGAGGACAUUAAGGAUGGGGUGAUGCUGUUGGCUCUGUUGGAAGUGCUUUCGGGACAGAAACUGCCAUGUGAGAGGGGCAAGAAACUCAAAAGGAUCCAUUGGGUCGCCAACAUCGGCACUGCGCUCAAAUUUCUGGAGGGGAGGAAGAUCAAACUUGUCAACAUCAACUCCACAGACAUAGUAGACGGAAGACCAGCCAUUGUUCUGGGAUUGGUGUGGACAAUCAUCCUCUAUUUUCAGAUUGAAGAGUUAACCAGCAGUUUACCAGCACUUCAAGCCCAGUCCAGCAGCACUUCCUCACUGGACAGUUCAGCCAGCAGCACUGAGACCACCAGCCCACCUGUCAAGAAGAAGCCCCUCCCACCUCCACAGGGUGGGGCAAGGAAGGCUCUUUUAAAAUGGGUCCAACAAACAGCUACAAAGCGAAUGGGUAUUGAUGUACGAGACUUUGGCCCGAGUUGGCGGACAGGUCUAGCCUUCUUUGCAAUGAUCCAUUACCUUCGACCAAAUCUUGUCGACAUCGAGCAAGCUUGGGGGAGACCCAACCGAGAAAACCUGCAGGAGGCCUUUUCGUUGGCAGAAAAAGAGCUGGGCAUUCCUCAGCUGCUUGACCCAGAAGAUGUUGAUGUGGACAAGCCAGAUGAGAAAUCUAUCAUGACAUAUGUUGCCCAGUUUUUGAAACAUCAUCCCAAACAGAGCGAUCCAGGAAGCACACAUGAGGAUGAGAGAGAGCAGCGCAAGAGCCUGAGGGAGCUCAAAAUGUGGCUCGACCAGCUGGAUAGAGACGCCAUGCAGGCCCAGGAGACGGAGGCCAAUCUCGCCCUGCAAUACCAAUUAUUCAAGAGUUUGCGUGUCCAGUUGGAGAUGAAGAGAAAGCAGGUGGAGAGUGCUCUGCAGUCCACUCAAAAAGAUGGGAUGCUCACAGUGGAUCAAGCUUUGGUCAAGCAGGCCUGGGAAAAGGUGUCCAAUAGGUUGCUGGAUUGGCACUUGAAGCUGGACCGGUCCCUCCCGGCCCCUCUGGACCAGGUGGGCUCUUGGCUUCACCAGGCUGAAGGAGCCCUGAGACAGGAGGUCAUUAUGCAGCAGGCACAUGAGCAGACAGCUAACAUUAUCCACCGGGCUCUGGAGCAGCACAAGGAUGUGCUGAGGAGCCUGGAGAGUCACAGACAUGUCCUCCAGAGGAUCCAUAAAGACAGAAGUGUGGGCGGAAUACCAGUGCCCCCUGACCAGCUACAAGACAUGGCUGAAAGGAUGAACUUUGUUUGCACAUCGUCAAGUGUCCACUUGGCCAAGAUGGAGUUUUUGGAAAACCAGCACCAUAUGCAAGCCUUCCUCAGUCUGGCUGAGUCUAGACUGAAGUCUUGGAUCAUCAAAUAUGGUUGUCAAGAGUCUGUAGAGCUCAUGCUCCACAAUUAUAAAUUGUUUGUUGAAAAGCAGAGGUUCUUUGACAACUAUGAAGCAUUGUUCCAGUCCCUUAAACGUUCUGGUGAGGCAUACGUCACUGCUGAUAGUUCAGUGGAAGAGGGAGAGCUUGGGGUGCGACGUUUUAUCCGUGAGGUAGUAACCCAGUGGAGGAGUCUGUCUAUGGAGGUGCGCAGUGUGAGGAGCAUGCUGGAGGAGGUGCUGUCCAACUGGGAGAGGUACAACUCCACUGUGGUCGCGCUACAGGCCUGGCUAGAUGAGGCUGAGGCUGCCCUUAGCCAACCAGAAAACAUUAAACGGGAGUUUUUCAAGAAUCUCAGCCACUGGAUGGAUCAGCACUCGGCUAUGAACGACGCAGGAAAUUUUCUGAUUGAAACAUGUGAUGAGACAGUAUCUCUCGAUCUGAAGCAACAGCUAUUACUAAUGAAUGGGCGCUGGAGGGACAUUUUUCUCAAAGUCAAACAAUAUGCUCAUGCUGAUGAACUGGAAAAGUACCGAAAGGAUCAUGUAAAGGCCAUUUCAGCUCUGAAGGAACUUCUAGACACAGCAGAAACCAAAAUUAAUUCUCCAGUUAAUGUGUCUUUCCUGAAUGUGAGAGCGUUUCUGCAAGAUGUGGAGGAAACAAAGCAAAAGGUCGUAGCCAUGGAAACUCAAUACAAACUGGCCGCCCGCAGUGCUCAGCUACUCACGAAAGACGCGCCACAGGAUGAAGCAGCUCGGGUCCUGGCUACUAUGGCCACAGCCAAAAGUCAGCUAAGUAAGGUGAGAGAGCGCUGUCCCUCCCUUGUGAGAGAGUGCAAUGUCCUUCUGCCUCUUUUGGAGGAAAUGGAGAAACACAUCAGUGCCUUUUACCAGGCCCUGGAGCGAGCGAGCUGCAUCACGUCAGCGGAGAGAGAGACAGAGCCACAGAGCCAAACUCAACACGCACACAAGUGGCAGGAAUUGCUAAACCAGCAGCAAAGUUGUAAGCGUUGCCUUUCAGUGAUAGAAAAAAACAACCACAGCCUGCAGAGGGCGAUCUCCACAAGCAAGGUGCUCAAAAACUUGAACAUGUCGAUGCUGCAGAAGAGAGUGUCCGAGAUCCAGGCUUCAGCUCAGACCUUGCUCAAGGAGAUUGGGGACUGGAGAAGGCAGGAGGAGGCCAACAACAGCCUGAGAAGGAGGUUUGAAGAUUCCCGUCAGGAGCUGGAGAGAAUAUUGAAAAAAUCUCAGAGUUGUCUAAGGGAGACUGGAGACGCAGAGGACCUGCUGAAAAAACACACAGAGAUAUUCAGCCAGUGUGACCAGCGAGUUUUGAAUGUCUUCCUGAAAGCGUGUGACGAGCUGACUGACAUCCUGCCAGAGGAGGAGCAACAGAAACUACAGGAAACUGUUAGGACUCUACACAAACACUGGAAGGAAGUCCAAAGUGAGUUACCUACCCACCUUGUCCGCCUCAAAGUGGAAAUUGAGCAAAAUCGCGUGGCUUCCAUCCUCCAGGACUGCCGGGUCGAGCUGGACAGAGAAGUGCAUGCUCUGUCUGGGACCUGCACCAGUGAGCGAUUGAUCAAAGAGCACAGGACUUUCUUCAGGGAACGCAAACCUCUGACUUUGUGCGAGAAGAGGAUUAGAAACAUGGAGGAUCUCUGUCAGAAACUGCCCGACAAUGAUGUUGCUUAUCGGGUACUUGACUCCACCAGGGGCGCAGUGGAAGAGGUUACAGGGAUGAUCAAGAGCACCUACCUCAAAUUAGAGCAGCACCCAGAUAAAUGGAAAGACUGGAAUGAGAGGUUUUGUGAACUUUCUGAUUGGGUAUCUUCUCAAAGGAGGCAUAUCAGGUUUCUGAAAGAAUCUGCAAGAAAUUCUAGUGAUCAUGAGCAAGUUGAAUCUGCUGUACAAGAGCUACAAGAAGCAAUAGAAGCUCAGGAGGAAUGUAUUUUGUGGCUGAAGACUCGACUGUCUGGGCUGUCUGAAGUUAGUUCUGAACAAGAAGUUCAGAGACAGAGGGUGUCCCUGGACAAACUCUCCUCAGAUCUACGUGCUCUGUUUUCUUCUCUCUGUCAGUGGGAUGAGGAGGAGGGCUCAAUUAUACUGGAGUCUGGUGAGCUCAAAGAGGAGUUGCAUAGAGCUCUUGAAGAGAUGUUGAAAUUACAAAGGGAGGCUGAGGAUCUGAGCAGCAGACUCCUGGAUGCGGAAGACCUGGAAGAGGCCAAACAAAUAUAUCUCAUUCACCAGCAACACAUGAAACGCCUGUACUCAAACCGCAGAGAGGCAGAGCUCUUGUUGCCCCAUUGUCACCAGCUGCGUAAAGAACAGGGCCUGAGUGCAUCUGUGUCAGAGCUGGAGAAAACGAUCAGAGAUGUGGACAGUCGCUCGGAGGCAGAGCAGCAUGACCUGCAGGCUACACUCAGCUCCUGGCAAACAUUUGAAUCUGAAAGAGAAAUUAUUUGGGGGUUCAUCAGCCACACCAGCAAUGACUUUCACAAAGAGCUCAUUUUCAACAGCCUCGACAGUCUGAGAUCUGAGCUCGAGCAUAACAAGGAGCUGUGUGCCGAAGCGGAGGAGUUUUCUGUUCGAGCGGAUCUACUUUUAGAGAAGGCCGCAGAUUUGCAUUUGAGUGCCAAAACGCAAACUCUUCUUCUUAAACAGGCUCAGGCCACAAGGGAGGAGGCUGCACAACUACAAGACCACCUCAAUAAAAUUAUUUCCCAGCUGGAGAUGAUGUGUUUGUGGUGGCAGCGCUUUAGCAAUGAGUCUAAAGCUUUUUCUGAUUGGAUUAAUGGGAAAGAACAGGAGCUGGAGGCCAUGAACAGCUCCUCAUCCUCAGAGCCAUUGGAUGAGAAUAUCACUGCUGUGGAGGACAUGGCUGAAGCUCUGGGUGAAAAAUGGGCCGUCAUCGCUCACAUGGAAGCAGACUGCGAGUGCUUGUCCAAGUUUGUCACCCCCGGAGAGGCAGGACGCAUCCGGGCACGACUGACACAGAUGAAGAGAUAUUGGGACGAGCUGAAGGGGCGAGUGGAGCAGGUCGGAGGACAGCUUCACCAGAGCGCCAGCUACAGGCAGCGCUAUAAUGACAAUCUGCAACAGAUAAAGAAAACAAUUGCUGAUUUGAAGGAGAAGCUGGACUGUCCGAUCAACAACUGUUCAUCUUCUUCUGAAACCUAUAAAAUCCUCCAAGAUCACACGGAGGUGUGCCAGGCUAUAGAGCAGCUGAAGCCCAGACUAAUGGCCCUGUGCUCUUCCCUGAAGAGGUUCAAAGAGGGAGGGCAGCUGGAGGAAGAGGUGGAAAAUCUCCAGAAGCAACAGGCACAGUUCAUGGGUGCUGCUUCAGAAAAACAAUCUACGUUGGAGAGUCUUCUAGCCCUGUGGCAAAGGUUUGAAAAAGAAAGUUUGUCAAUGAAAAGCUGGCUGGACAGGUGUGAGUCAGUUUGCUGUCCAGACACUGACCUCUUCUCUGCAGACAAAGCAAAACUGAGAAAUGAACUACAAAAUGUAGAGGAAAUGCAGCAGGAGACUCCAUCUUAUGAGGCUCUUCUCUUUGGCCUUUUAAAUCUUGGCAUUUGUCUUUAUCCCACUGCACCUGAACCUCGCACCAGAGAGAUUAAUGAAAAUUUGACAGGACUACAGCAGAGAAGCUAUUCUUUAAAAAACUCUAUCACUCAAAGAUUAAUAUUACUUGAAACACAACUGUCUAAACUCCAGCUUUUUGAUGAGGCUUUGCUGAAUGUGACCCAAAACAGUGAACAUUUCCUUUCGGAGUUGCGAGGUUCAUCUCUUGUGGAUAUUGGAAACCUGCAGGCUUCAUUUAAUAAAGUCAAGGAGCAUGAAACACAAUUGGAGCAGUUGGUGUCAUUGAAAGAAAGUUUGGAAGAGCAAGUGUCCACCCUCCUCCUAUCCUCCAUCCCCGAGGCCCAACAGCAGAUCCAGAACUGGAAAGAGGAUGGCCUACAACCCCUCCGCGAAUCCCAGCGUCUCCUGAUGUCCCGUACUGAAUGCCUUGAAGAGCUUAAGAUCUUCCUUGAUAAGCACAGAGCAGCAGUAAAAGCAGUGCGCCAGCUUCAUGAGGCUGUGGAGGGCCGAGGCAGCUGGGACCGCUCCAAGGCUGAAGAACUGCAUCAUGGGAUAGGGGAAGUGGCAAAAGAUGUGGCGCGACUGGAGGCAGAGGCAGUUGGAUUAGACGGACAGUUGAGUAGGGCACACCUUCACUUGUGUGGGGCGGAGUGGCGAGGUCCAAAGAAUCCGGGACAUCCGCAGGGGAGGACAUCUUGCCGGGGUCAGACGGUGGCCCUGACCAUGACUUUGGAGGAGGUACAGAGAGGCGUGGGCUGGAGGCAAAGUGAAGCAGAUGCUCUCAGUGCCCUCUGGAGCUCCUUCAGGGAGAAGAGGGAAGAGGUGCUGAACAGUCUGAAAAAAAUGGAGGAUGGACUUAGACAAGAGGAUGCCAGAGAAAACACUGUGCUGGCAUUUCAAAACAGGCUGCGCUUCUUCAUCCAGCUGGAGGAUGAGCUCCAGUCCCUGCAGCAUUCCCGGCAGUGGCUGCAGGAAAAAGGCAGCCAGCUGGCCCAAAGAGACACUGAGCUGUGUGGGGAGGCUUUGAGGGAGGUGGCUCUGGUGGAGUCAGCCUGGGAGACUGUGAGGACAGCUAUUUCAACUGGCCAGGAACAAAGUGGAGUUUUAAUAGAUCUUCUUCGUCAGUUUCACCAUCUGAAGUCAGUCCUGACCACCGCUGUGGAAAGUGCACAAGCAGUUGCUCACAAUCUGCCCGACCACAACCAUAACGCUCAGGAGGCCAAGUGGAUCUACUCACGGCAUGAAACAGUCCAGGAGAACUUUAAAGAAAAACAAGAAGAAAUGGACCAGCUCAUCAGUACAGUGGAGGAUUUGCAGAGAGAACUCGAGAAACUCCCAAACUCAGACACAACCUCCAUACAAAAAGAUAUGGAGGCAUUAAGAGACCAGUGGCUAGAGGUAUCUGAGCGUAUUCAAACCAACACAGAAAGACUUGGGUACUGUGUGGCUCUUUGGAACGACCUCAAAGCCAUGGAGCAGGACAUUUCUGAAUGGGCUGCCUCUUCUAUCACUGAUCUCACAGACUGUGUUACCAAUCUGAGUGACAAGGAGAAAACAGAGGAGCAUCUUACAGCAUUUCAGGCAGAGGUGGAGAAACGAGAGCAGAGCCUGGACUCACUGCAGGAGCGAGUGACAGAACUGAAGGAGAGGGCCAAGCUGCAGGAAACCCCAUUACAAAUGCAGGUUCUUGAAUCUGACCUGAGGAAGAAAAUGGCCCAUGUUCAGGAGGUGUACAACCAGGCCAAACACACGCUGACCUACUUUAGUUUCCAGAAACAGAGACUGGAGGACCUCAUGUCCCAAAUGACUGAGCGGCUUGAAGCUGCCGAGUGCUGCUUAUCUGAUCUGACUGAUGCUGCAUCUCUGGAAGAUAUUGGUACACUGAAGGGCUUACAGAGUGUAUUGCAGCAGCAGAGGGCAGACAUGGACUCUGCCCGGGAUGCUCUGAGUGCACUUUGUAGGUCUCAUCCCUCUGAGGAGCUGUCCCGUCUCUCUUCUGACCUUACAUCUAUUGCCAAACGAACAGAGACAGUGGUUCAGCGCUGUGCCAAGACCAAAGGAAGUCUUCAGGAUGGACUACAGAUUCACUUUAAUGAGCUUGUCAAAGACUUGCGCUCCUGGCUUGCCAAUCAGAUCUCUGAGUUGAAAGAGUGGUGUAACCAAUCUGGAGAUGCUGCUGUCCUAAAUGCAAAAUUGCACAGGCUAAUGGUGUUAGAGGAGCAGACAGCAGAGGAAGAGAGACGUCUGUGUCAGGUUUCUGAGGAGGCUGAGAGGCUUCAGCAUCACCUUUCAAAAGCUGCAACAGCUCAAGUCCAGGACCAUCUCUCAUCCUGCCAGAAGGAGUGGAAGAAAUAUUUAGACAACUGUUCCCAAUGCCAACAAGAUCUGGAAGACGCUAUUGACCUCUUAAAAAAUUUUGAUGACAAUGUGGUGAAUAUAAGAGACUGGCUGAAGCAGAUGGAGCUCAGCCUGAAGUGUGAGCCUUUUCCUGGAGAUGAAGGACAGCAGGGUGUCCCUGACACUGCAGAGGAGCUGGAGAAGGUGGAGAGAGUACACAGUGAGCUGCUGGAGAGACGGGAGUCCAUUGAACGACUGUGUCAAGAGGCACAGUCCUUAUCAGAAGCCGGAAGGGGGUCAGGGGGAGAGGUCAGAGUGACUGGACAGCUCCAUAUGGAGCACCAGUCUCUGCUGAAGGCAGCCAGAGAGAGACUCAAAUGCUGCCAAGAGAGCCAGGCCUUCGCAGAGACUCUCCAGGGGGUGUGGGCCUGGCUGGAGGAGAUCCAGGAGAGACUGGGGACAGUGGACAGCACCAUGGGCACCAAAGAUCAGUUGGAGCAGAGACUGGAAGCUGUGCAGGAUAUCCUGCUUUUGAAGGGAGAGGGAGAAGUGAAGCUAAACAUGGCCAUGGGGAAGGGUGAGCUCGCUCUGCGCAGUUAUGGGGCUGCUGGACAGGAAGUGGUCAAAUCUCAGCUUCAGGAAGUGGAGGAUGCUUGGGCCACUCUGCUGGUGACUGCCAUGAGCUGCCACAGCCGAUUGGAGUGGACUGUGUCCCAGUGGAGUGGAUAUCUGGACAGUGCAAACCAGCUGCGGUGCUGGAUGGAGGCUCUGGAGCGGCAAGUGAGUGCACCCCUCACCCCUCAGCCUGGACCCAGAGAAAAGGCUGCUCAGCUGGACAGACUCAGAGCCUUGCUGGCUGAUCUCGAAGACCACCAGGUGGCACUGUCCAGCCUGGAAGAGAAAGCCCGGGAGCUCUUCAAGAAGACUGGAGAUGCAAGCUUCAAUCAUGGGGCUCGUACCCAGCUACAGGCGCAGUUUGAUGACCUUACAGCUCUGGUGGAGGGUAGGGUUAGUCUUGCCCAGAGCAUAGUGUUGGAGCAUCAGGAGUAUCUGGAGUCAGUUCGAGAGCUGACAGACUGGCUCAUGACAAGUGGAGAGGAGUUACAGCACUGGUCUGAUACAUCUGGAGAUUCUACCUCUAUCAAGAAGAAGCUUUCUGAAGUCAGGGAGCGAGUGGAGAGCCGUCUGUUGGAGGGCCGUGAGCGCCUCAGCCGCGUGCGCCGCAGUGCUGCGACCACAGCAGAGCAUACAGCAGCUGGAGGCUGCGAGGCUAUGGACCGCCAGCUGGGGGCGCUCUCACAGGCUCUGGAGCAAUGGGAGGGGGCCGCACUGAGGGCCAGAGACAGUCUAGAAGGGGCUCUGGCUUCUGCUGCAGCUUCAGAAGAAGCAUACAAGUGUCUUGUGGCCCGACUAGAACAGGACCUAAAGGAGCUGGACCUCAGGCUGAGGGGGUGGAGCCAAGAGCUGAUCAAAGCAGAGGGGCGGAGCAGUGGCGAGGAGGCCGUGGAGGGCUGGCACCUCGCUAAGGAGAUACUGGAGGGCUUGCAGAGUGCCGAGCCCAUGGCAGAGAAGUUGAAAAGCCAACUGAAUGACCUGGUGCGGUACUCCAGAGACAUCAGCUCCCAGUCGGACCGGGUGACUGCACUGAUCAAGCAGCACAACAGCUUGAGUCUGCGUGCAUCCAGGGAGUGUCAAAACAAGGAGCGCUUGUUGGAGCAGCGGUUCAGGGCAGCUCUGCGAGACUUUCAGCAAUGGUUGGUCAACGCCAAAAUCAGCACAGCCAAAUGUUUUGAUGUGCCUCAAAGUGUUGCCGAGGCCUCCACAGCCUUACAGAGAAUACAAGAGUUUCUGAGUGACAGGGAGCAUGGUCAGGCCAGGCUGAGCACUGUGGGGGCCAGUGGGGAGCUGCUCAUGGCGGUAGUGUCCAAAGACAGAGUGGAGGGGAUCAAGGCCAAGGUGGAGAGCACACGGGACGACUGGAAGAGCCUGAUGAAUAACUUACAAAUGAGGGAAGAUGCUCUCAAGAACCUUCAAGCUCAGAUGACAGAGUUUGAGGCGAGCGCAGAGCCGCUACAGGACUGGCUGAGCAACACUGAGGUCAAAGUUCAAGAGAGUAGCACUCGCCUUCAUGACCUGUCUGCUAAGAGAGAGGAGCUUACCAAACUGCAGUGUGUGCUGGAGGAGAUGUCCGGUCAGGAGGCGGAGCUGACCAGGCUGAGGGAGAGCGCUCAUCGUCUGUGGGAGGGACAGGCUGCAGGCAAAGGCUUUGUCCAUCGCGUGUCCCAGCUCUCUGCACAAUACCUGGCACUCAGCAACUUGGCCAAGGAUAAAGCCUCCAGGAUUGAACGGAUUGUUGGGGAGCACCGCCUGUUCUCUCAGGGCCUAAAGGAGCUCCAGGACUGGGUGAGUGAGGCUCAGGGCCUCCUCAACUCCUGCCUCUCUCCCACCACAGACAAGAGUGUGCUGGAGGAGCGGAUGGUUCAGCUGGAAGCGCUGCUGGCUGCUCGUCAAGAAAGGGAGAUCCAACUAAAGAUGCUGCUAACACGAGGAGAGGCAGUCCAGAGAAAUACUUCGGCUGAGGGGGUACCAGUAAUUCGUAAACAGAUCCAGGACCUCAAGGACUCCUGGGACUCACUGCUUUCUGCCUCCAUCCAGUGCAAAAGUCAGCUAGAGGGCGCUCUGUCACAGUGGACUAGUUAUCAAGAAGAUGUGGGUCAGUUUGUGCAGUGGAUGGACAGAGUGGAGGAGACGCUCAACUGUGCAGACAGACAGUAUUCAGAAAUGAGGGACAAGACUGCAAACCUGGGCAAGACCAAGCUACUCUAUGAGGAAGUACUGAGCCACAGCAAUCCUUUGGAAACUAUUGCCUCAAAGGGAUCCAAUAUGGCUGAACACUAUAAUACUCAUCAGGAAGUCCAGCAACUACAAUCGCGAUACAAUAGCCUCACAGAAAAAGCCAAAAAUGCAGUGAGCAAGGCCAAAGGGCUGGUCUUGGUUCAUCAGGAGUAUCAGAGAGCCCUGCAUGUGUUUGAGGACUGGCUUGAGCAGGAGCAGGCCACUUUAGCAACUCUGUCCCAUCCAGAAGGAAGUGUGGACACUCUGGAGAGCACAUUGCAGCAGCUACAGACCCUGCAGGAACGUUGUUCAAAGGGCCAGUCUUUGCUCUCCUCUGUUCUGACCAGCCGAGAGCGGGUUAUCCCGUGGGGCACCCCGCAGAUAGAGGACCGCACCCUAGACACGGCUCAAAGAGAGUGGGGAGUCUACCAGGGCCGACUGGAGGAGACCCAGAGUCAGCUCAGAGCGACCCUGGGCAGAGUGAGGAAAAUGGGACAGAAGUUCCUGAGUCUGGCCCAUUGGAUGGAGGAGAUGGAGAAAGCGGCAAACAUAAGGAGGCAUCGAAGGUCUGACAGGGCAACCAAGGAGGAUCAGCUCAAGAAACUACAGGGGUGUCUAGAGGCAACGUUAACUCGACAGGAGGAGGUGGAUGGGCUCUCUCCGCUGGCCCAGCAGGUUUUAGAGGAGACCUACAUCAGCAGUCGAGUCAGUGUUACGGCCACGCAGCUAACGGCCCGCUACCACUCCCUGCUGCUCAGCAUACAGGAAACCAUCAAACACCUUCAGGAGGAGCUAAAGAGCAUCGAUGAAGCAGAAAACCUUUGCAUUUCAUUUUCUGACUGGCUUGGCUCAACUCAAAAAACAUUCACAACUUUAACUGAUAGCUCUGAACCUUUCGACCGCAUCACUAUGGAGAAAAAGAUGAAGAAAUUAGAGAACCUUCAGUCUGAACUCCAGCAUGGUCACAGUUACCUGAAGUCCCUGAGAGAGAAGGCGGAGCAGGCAGCAGGCUUCCUGGACGAGGCUGGUGCUGAACAUUUGGGCAGCGAGGUGGAGGCCCGACUGUCCCAGCUGGAGGAGCUGUCCAGCGCUCUUCGGCAGGAGCAUAGCUUCUUGGAUCGGACCUUACUGCUGUCCAAGGAGUUUCAGGACCGCUACAAGGCGCAGGCUCAAUGGCUAGUGGAAACAAGAGUGGUGCUCGCAACCCCCGUGGAGCCCAAAGCAGAGCUGUACCAGAGGAGAGCUCAGCUGGCUAAGUAUAAGGCCCUGCUGCAGGUGGUCCAGUCCCAUGAUGGAUCCGUGAGGGCGGUGGUGGAGAAAGGUGAUGCUCUGCUGGCAUCGGUCCAUUACCCCUCAGUCCGAGACAAGAUGAACAGGCUACAGAAGGACUACUGUGAUCUAUGUAGCACUGCUGUGGCUCAUGUGGAGAGUCUGGAAGUGCAAGUGAAGGAGCAGGAAACAUAUCACAAUGAACUCCAGGAAGUAGAGCGCUGGCUUCUGCAAAUGUCAAGCAGGAUGGUAACUCCUGACCCCACUGUGGGAGGCAGCCUGGAGGCAGCUACACAACAACUGGCCAGACACAAGGCCAUAAUGGAGGAAAUCGCAGGUUUUGAGGAGCGCUUAGCGGGCCUGAAGGAGCGCGGAGACCACCUGGUACAUGGCUGUAGUGAGCGUGUGCAGAACAGGCUGAGACAGCAGGUCCAGGCGCACCAACAAGGCACUCGAGACAGCUACUCCGCCAUCUGUAGCACCGCGCAGAGGGUUUAUCAGAGUUUGGACCAUGAGUUGCAGCGGCAUGUGAGUCUUCAGGAUGCCCUGCAGCAGUGCCAGAGCUGGCUGACCUCUGUCCCACCUGAACAGGAGCCUAAUACACAAACUGCACUCAGCCUGGAGGAGGCGCUACAGCAGGUGAAGCAGGAGCGGGCUCUUCAAGAACAGGCUAGCACUUACCUCCAGCUGCUGUGUUCGACCUGUGAUCUGUCUGAGCAGAGGGUCAGAGAGACUGCUGCUGAAAUACAACAGGUCAAACUGCAGAUUGAGGACAGAAUGAUCCUUUGUGAGGAAAUGGCUGACAGCUGGCGGGAUAUUGAAGAGCAUAAGGCAGAUUUAGAGGUCCAACUCCGAGAGACUGAGCAACAACUCCAAACUCUCUGCAGGAGACCUGCAGAAUUGGAGCAGAAGAUUGCACAAAAUCAGCUGGACAAGGCCCAGGAGUUCCUCCAGCAGAUUCGAGAGAAGCAGUCAGAGGUGAGCCAUCUGAAUGAGGCUGUUUGUCGGCUGACAGACAGGCAAAACUGUCCUGUUUCUGAGGAGAUAAGAAAACUCCAGAAAAGCUGGAUGGAGCUUGGCCAGCGGGCCGAGGAGCUGGAGGCCCAGAGAGGGGAGGACAUGCAGCGUAGUGGGGAGUACCAGGAGAGUGUGGCCACAGUGGAGGAACUUUUCCAUCAAGUGUCCAGGGAGUGGGACUAUCUUGCCAGGGCUGAUACAGAAAGCACAAGUGAACAUCUGGAGGCACUCAGGAAGCUUUUCAGUGAUUUGGAAGAGCAGCGUACAACUCUUGAAGAGCUAAGAGACCAGAGACAGGCCAUACUUCCUCGACUGAGUCUUUUGGACAAGGAGCUGGUAAAACAGCAGGUGAGCCAUCUGGAGCAGCGCUGGGCCCAAUUAGAAUCCGUCAUUCAGCAGAAAAUCCAUGACUCUGCCCAGACAUUGGAGGAGCUGGCUCGAGUGGAGACCCAGCUGCGGGAGGCGAGGGAGUGGGUGGAGGAGCAGAGGCCAACUCUUACUUCUGCACUGAAAGGCAGCCCACCGCCUGAUGUGGCCCAGAGCUUCCUGUUUGACCAUCUGAGCGUCUGUGUGGAGCUAGAGGCCCGACAGCAGUUGCUGACGCAGGCUGUGAGUGAGGCCCAGACAGUUAUGCCUCGACUGGGACUGAGCGAGAAGAGAAACCUGCAAGAGCUGGUGGAGCAGGCCCAGGCAGAGGUGGAGGCACUUGGGGCACGAGUCACACAGAGGAGGAAGUAUCUCAGCAAAGCAUUCACAGAGAGGACACAAUUCCUUCAGGGCCUUGGCAGAGCACUAAACUGGGUCCAACAGCAGGAGAAGAAAGCUCUGAUAGAUGAUCACAUAGCUCUGCUCCCUGAGGACCUGUCCAAACAGGUGUCUGUUUGCAGAGGCGUCCAUAGUAGCCUGAGAGAGUACCAGAGGGAGUUGUCCUCUCUGUGGGCUCAAGGGCGAGAACUGGAGAGAGAUGCCAGUGACAAAGAAAGGAUAGAAACCAUGUCCAAACUUCAGGAGCUGCAGAUAGUGUUCGAGGCUGUGCUUCAGAGCACCACUCACAGACUCACAGACCUGGAAAAGGCUCUAACCUUCAGGAAGUACUUCCAGGUUGAUUUGGACAAGACGUGUAACUGGCUGAGACAGGCAGAUGUCAUCACCUUCCCUGAAAUCACUGUAUAUAAUGUUGAGGAAUGCUCCGAGCUGCAGUCUCAACUUUCAAAAUAUCAGCAAGUCCUAGAGCAAGCCUCUGAGUAUGAGAACCUCCUGCUCAUUGUCCAAAGAAUCGGUCAGGAGAUCCUCCCCACUCUGAAUGAGAUCGACCACUGUUACCUGGACGAGCGGCUGAAUGCUCUGCCUCAGCAGUACAACAACAUUUUAGCUUUAGCCAAAGAGAAGAAAGACAGGGUCCAGCAAAUCAUUCAGGAGCGAAAAGAGUUCAGCACUUUCUUUGAUUUAACUAGUAAUGCACUUGAAGAGCUGCAGGAGCAGUUUGACAAUCUGGAAAAGCAGACUAUCAAAAUAAAUGAAAAAGAGGUUCUAUAUCUAAUUAAUGAACAUAGAAAUAUAAAACAAAGUUUAUUGCAUAUAGGUGGCGCUAUAAGAGAACUGAAUGGUAAAAAUGAGUUGUUAUUGAGUAGAGGCCAGCAUUAUAAAGUUGAAGAGACACACCAGCUGCUAAAUCUUCACAAAUCAUUAAAGAGGAGAAAUAAUCAGAGCCUUAGGGACUUAGAAGAGAAUGGUUUGAAAAUAGUAGCUGAACACAACAAUGAGGUAAACAAGUUGAAUCAAGAGUUAGAGUUAGUGAAGGAGGAACUUGUCACAUUAAAAACAAACUCCAAAAUUGGAGCUGGGGCUAAAAUGAGUAGUCUGUAUUUGAUGCUGGAGCGUCUGGACCGUGUGAACUUUCAGACAGAAGAAUGUAUCCAACACACAAAAAGCCUUCAUCUGAACUUUGACCCCGCUGCUUUACGGAACCUUUUAUCCCAACAAGAACUAUUACAAUCAGCGCAUGGUGAUGUACUAUGUUUUAUUGAAGAGAUUAAAAAAGACCCCAUAGACUUUGAGAACGUACAGGAGUGGUUGGAAAGGAUCAAGUCUAAACUGGAGGAGCCUGUGGUCCUUUCGGAGGUCACGGUUAAUCAUGUACAUGUGCAACUAUGGAGACUGAAAGCCAUCGGAGAAGAAAUGAAAAGUAGUUUUAUUGCAGCAGAAACCUUUAAAACACAUGCAGAAGAGAAACUGGCAAAGAUGCAAGAAGAAAUCCAACAAGCAAUGAGCAAAAAACAGCUCGCUGUGGACGAAGCUUUUUCCUUGGUCCAAAGGCACCACUUAUCGCUGCAGUCUGCACAGAAAUGGUUGGACUGUGCCUCUGCAUUUCUCCAAAGGGCCGACGCAGGACUAGAGCUAGAAAACCACACUGACUGGAUGCAAGACCUGGAAGAAAUUACAGCUCAGGAAAAGGACUUCACAGCUGCUUUGGAGGAGUUACUAACUGUGGACCCUCUGCUUGUGAAAUAUGCGGAAUCAGGGGAGAUGAGUAAAGUCCGAGGGCAAGUAGAAGCAAUCAAGAUGAGGAAAGCAGAGGCAAAUCAGCAAUUGGAUGUGCACCGAGACACACUACGAAGGUGUGGAGCUCUGUGCACCUCCUUUCAAAAGGAAAAAGAUGCAGUAGUUGAGCAAUUGAAUGAUACAGAGAGCAAGAUGGCCUCAUUCACAACAGCCAAAGCCACCAGUCUACAAACAGCAGAGGACAAAUGCCAACGAUAUAAGUCCCUGAUUGCUCACUUGGAUCUUUUGGAAGUGCCUUUAAAUGCUGUGAAAGACAUCAGUAAAGAGCUGGAGCAGAUCAUUUCUGACUCUAGCACCAUAGUAACCAGCCACUGUGUCUCAGCACUAUGGCAACGCUGGACCAAGCUGUGCAGUGUGGCCCGUGCCCAGGAGAGGGCGCUAGUGGACACUGCUAGAGAGUGGAGAAAUUUUAUGGAAAAGAUGGAGAAGGUGCGGUCUGUAUUUGAGGACCUCCGUGGCAGAGUCCCUGACAGCACAGUGGAGAAAGCAGCCACCAGAGCGGCGCUGCAGAGCCUUCUGGAGUACCAUGACUCUUAUAGUGUGGAGCUGGAGAGGGAGCAGUCUAUCCUGGCCCUGCUCAAUCAGCUGACCUUGAGCCUAAGAGGAGAGAGAGAGAACAGGGAGGGGGAGAAAACUGAAAAUGGGCACAACCAAACACUGUGGAUGGAUCAGAUCAGUGACUACCAGGAGCAAUAUGAUACCCUUCUGCAGCAGGUGCGAAACAGCCGGGCUCAGGUGCAACAGGAGCUGAGGGAGCGGGAGGAGGUGGAAAAGGAGCUGGGACUGGUCAAAGGCUGGAUCCAGGACACUCGGGGGCUGCUCCUGAGCCCCACUGCUGACCUGGACUCUCUGCUGCAGGAGCUAGAGACUGCACAUGGUGAGGUCAUCAGUAGGCGCCAAAGUGUGGAGCGUAUCACAGAGCUGCAGCAGUCCAAGUACCAGGAGCUCCAGGCAGGUCUCCCCUCAGAGCUCAGUAUGCAGCUGGCCGAAGUGGCUCUGGCUUUGGGCUCUGCAGAAGAUCAGGUUCAAGCUAGAGAAAGGGAGAUACAACAGACCCGUGAUGUCAAACAAGACUUCAACUCCAGACUCCAGGACAUGGAGACAAAGCUGAAGACCAUAGCCCUAAAACUGGAGGACAAGAGUGGAGAUCUAGAGGAGGCCAAAGAAGAGACCAAGACCAUCUGUGAGGAGUGUGAAUGCUGUGGACGAACGUUGGGAGAGUUGGGGGUAGCGGUGCAGGAAUUUGGAGAGCAGAACCCUCUUUUGUGUAAACAGCUGGGGGACGCGGUGACCAAACUAAUGGAGGUGCAGCGUCACACAGCACAACAGAUCCAAGACAGAUCCAACAGACUGAAAAAGGCGGAGAGACAAAUGGAGGACUACCAGAGCAUGAAGUCAUUCAUCCUUUCUUGGAUCGAGAAGGCUGAGUGUAUGGUCAGUGGGAACAUCAUAUGGAGCUCUGCGUCACAGCUGCAGGAGCAAAUCCGUGCACACCAGGCGCUGCUCCGGGAGUGCAGGGGUCUCCAUGGCGACUUGGAGGCCAUGCUGGAGCGGGAGGGGCAGCUGGGCGAAGUGCUACAGACCGACAGGUGGGGCCAGCAGGUGAGAAACCUGAGCAGACGGACAGAGGAGCUGCAGCAAACAGCCAGAACACGACUGCAGAAUCUACAGGAUGCAGCUAAGGAUAUGUUGCGUUUGGAGGCAGAGGUGAAGAGUCUCCAUGCUGCUGUGGACCAGGUCCAGAUCACACUUGCAUCUCCAGAUCUGAACCGACUCAGCCUCAGAGAGCAACUCACUCAGAGACAACGAGUACUGGUGGAGAUGGAGGGCUUCAAGCAGCAGGUAGCAGCAGUCCAGCAGUGUCAGAGCGCCCUCCGGCUGCCAGAGGAGGCAGUGGCCAGUCUCCCCAUCUGUCGAACUGCUCAGACUCUGCAGCAAGAGGCCAGCCAACUGCAGCACACAACCAUUCAGCAGUGCAAUAUACUGCAGGAGGCUGUGGUGCAAUAUGAGCAGUAUGAACAGGAAGUGAAAAAUCUCCAGAGACUAAUAGAAGAAGCCCAUCGCAUCAUUCAGGACCGUCCCGUCUCCACCAGCAACAUCCAGGAACUGCAGGCUCAAAUUCACCAUCACGAGGAGCUGGCCCAGAAAAUCCGUGGCUACCAGGAGCAAAUUGCCUCUCUUCACUCAAAGUGUAAGAUGUUGACAGUGAAGGCAAAGCAUGCCACCAUGCUGCUGACCGUGAGUGAGGUGGAGGGGCUUUCUGACGGCAUGGACGAGCUCAGUGACGAUGAACUGCCAAAUGCUGUCACCAAUGGUAACACAACCGGCUCCAAGCAGCUGCCCGCACACCCCUCCGUCGUCAUGAUGACAGCAGGCCGCUGCCACACGCUCCUCUCCCCUGUCACAGAAGAAUCAGGGGAGGAGGGCACCAACAGUGAGGUCUCCUCUCCCCCUGCCUGCCGCUCCCCCUCCCCAGGGGCUAACGGGGACGCUGCUCUUAACCAGGUACGUGGGAACCUAAGUCGUGCUCCUCUCCAAGAACUUUAUGAUCCAUCAAUGGAAACAAAUGCUGCUAACCUGGAUGAUCUGCAGAGAUCCUGGGAAACACUAAAGAACGUGAUCAGUGAGAAGCAGAAGAGUUUAUAUGAAGCCCUGGAGAGGCAGCAGCACUACCAAGAGUCUCUACAGUCCAUUUCAACAAAGAUGGAGACCAUUGAAGGAGCACUCAAUGAAGGUCUGGAGCCCAACAAGAGCCCGGAAAGCCAAAUGGCUGCACAUCAGGCACUCAUGGACGAGAUUCUGAUGCUGCAGGAUGAAAUAGGAGAGUUACAGACAUGUUUUUCGGAGGAGCUGGGAGACAAUGACAGUGAUGGGGAGCCAGGAGACCAGCUGGCUCUGCACUCUACGCUCACGGUGCUCGGAGAGAGGAUGGCAACCAUCAGAAUGAAGGCUUCUGGGAAACGACAACUACUAGAGGAGAAGUUGAGUGAGCAGCUGGAGGAGCAGAGGCAGGAGCAGGCCUUACAGCGGUACCACAGCGAGGCCGAGGAGCUGGACCACUGGCUCCUCAGCACCAGGGCCACCCUCAGCUCAGCUCUGCAGCUCCACUCGGAAGAUCUGGACAUGGAAGAGCAGCUUAUAGACUGUCAGAACAUGCUGUUUGAGAUUGAGCAGAAGGUGUCCUAUCUCUCUGAGCUCUCCGUACACAGUGAGAGCUUGCUGUUGGAGGGACGAGCAGAGACCAAAGGAGAGGCUGAACAACUGUCCCUAAAACUACGCUCUCUCAAAGACAGCCUCCUCGAACUACAGCAGAUGCUACAAGACAAACAGGUUGACAUACAGGGUUCACUGCAGGAACAGGAGGAGAGUGAAGCGAGUUCAUCCUUAUCCCAAAGUCCAAACGUCCAGGACUGGCUCUCUCAGGCCAGAUCAUCUCGGACCCAGCAGCAUCACGACAACCUGCUCCGACAGAGGGAGCUUCAGGCACAAGUGGCUGAACAGAAGCGGCUGCUCCAGUCUGUGGCCACAGUCGGGGAAGAGGUGCUCAAUCAGACUACACCCAAUGGAGACAGUGAGAUGUGUGUCCCAGGAGGAGUUUUGCUGGAGGCAGAAAGCGUGUCUCCACUGGAUCAGCUGAGGCAGCGCUGGGAAAACCUCAACAAGGACCAAAGCACAAAACUACAACUAUCUCUGAACUCUCUGGAACAGGAGCAACUCAGUCCAGUCCUCCAUCGCUCCCGUCUGUCAAGUCCUAGUGUUGUUUUUAGAAGUGAUGUUUUGACUCAGGAUGCUAGGUCUCCAAAAGCUCUGUUUGAAACCUGCAGUCAGACUCUUGAAAGAAUAGACCAAGAGACUGAAACAGAGAGCAGAUCAUCUGCAUCUUUAGGGGGAGCCAUGGUGCAGCAGGACCUGUACAGUGCAGUGUCUGCUGCCUCCACCUGGCUUGAUGCUGCAGAGAACCAGCUCCUCUCAGGCCCAGUGCUGCUGUCAGAGGACACAGAGAUGCAGCUCACGCAUCUAGAGGGUUUGAACAAACAGUUGAAGGAGAUGAGCCGAGAGGUGAACCAGUGCAGAGACCUGUUGGGUGGGGGGGCGGGCCGGGUGUGUGGAGGAGACGACAGGGUGCUGAUGGAGGACACUUUGGAGGGGCUCCAGGAGAGGAUGGGUCUGCUGGACUCCACGCUCGAGCAGCACUGUGACUGCAUGAGGGACAAGCUGCAAGAACACUCCAAUUUCCAGAGUGAACUAAGAAUGAUGUUUACUGCCUUAAGUGAAAGCAAGCACCAAUUGUUGCAGAAAGUGGCUGGCACAGUGGACCGACCAGCAGCUAAACAAAUAGAGACAUUAUCAGAAGUGGAGGACAGUAUAAAGGAGUUUGAUCAACGCGUCAUGGAACUAAAGGCCAGAGCAGAGGGUCUUCAUGGAGAUCAAGUUUCCAAUCAGGAUCUACUAAAACUUCAGGAUGUAUACGAGGAGCUGGUUCUGAUGGUGGGAUCACGACGCAGUGGUCUGAACCAUGGUCUGUCCCUCAAAGCCCAGUAUGAAGCUGCUCUCAGGGACCUUACCGAGCUAGUGGAUACUGCACAAGACAAGAUGGCAGCUGACCAGAAGAUGACUGUGGCCUCUGUCAUUGAGGUGCAGAUGUUACUAGACAAACACAAGGACUUUUUUCAAAGUUUGGAGAGUCAUAUGAUCCUCACACAAACGUUCUACAGUAAAGUGGCUGGAUUGGUUACACAGCGGGAGAGCCAGAGUUUGGAGGAGACUAUGACCUCUGCCCAAAGUGUGUUAAAACAAGCUAACAGGCGAGGAGUGGAGCUGGAGGGCAUUUUGGAGUCUUGGAGCAGGCUGGUGGAGGACUACCAGGAGUUGUGUAAGCAGCUCGAGGCCGUGGAGUCCAGUAUCCCAGCUGUCGCUCUGGUGGAGGAGACAGAGGAGAGACUGACGGAAAGAAUUUGUUUAUUCCAGCGUCUAAAGGCCAGUCUGACAGAGCACCAGCCCCAGCUGUACCAGGUGCUGGAGGAGGGAAAACGGCUCCUCUUGUCUGUGGGAUGUUCAGACCUGGAGAACCAGCUCACACAGCUGGGGGACCACUGGCUCUCAUCCACCACCAAAGUCAAUAAAGAGCUGCAUCGACUGGACUCCACACUCAAACACUGGACCAGGUAUCAGACCGAAUCGGCCGAGUUGAGCCAGUGGUUACAGUCAGCUUUGGGUCGACUUGAGUUUUGGACAACACAAUCUGUUACUGUACCUCAAGAACUGGAGAAUGUACGAGAUCACCUUUAUGCUUUUCUUGAGUUUUCUAAGGAAGUAGAUGCCAAGUCUUCAUUGCGGUCUUCAGUAUUGAGCACAGGGAAUCAGCUUCUUAGACUGAAGCGAGUGGACACGGCUGGUUUGAGGACAGCCUUGGGACACAUUGACACUCAAUGGGCAGAGCUACUCACCCGAAUCCCAGUGGUGCAGGAAAAACUCCAUCAGUUACAAAUGGAAAAGUUGGCAUCACGUCAUGCCAUCACAGAGCUCAUGAGCUGGAUCUCUGUUAUGGAAAACAUAAUCGAAGAGGAUAAAAACAAGAUUGUAGAAGCAGUGGGGUCAGAGAAAGUGCAGAGCUUUUUACAAAAAUAUAAGGGUUUCCGUAUAGAUUUGACUUGUAAGCAGCUCACUGUGGACUUUGUGAACCAGUCAGUGCUGCAGAUUAGCAGUCAGGAUGUGGAAGGAAAACGCAGUGAUAAAACCGAUUUUGCAGAGAAGUUGGGAGCAAUGAACAGAAGGUGGCAGAUACUGCAAGGGUUGAUUACAGAAAAGAUUCAGUUAUUGGAAGGACUUUUGGAAAGUUGGUUAGAACACGAGAAUGGAGUCCAGGCCUUGAAAUCCUGGCUCACGCUACAGGAGGAGAAACUAAAGAAGAAGCACAGGAUAGAGGAUGUGGCAUCAGUUCAAAAUGCACUUAAAGACUGUCAGGAGUUAGAAGAAUUAGUGAAGGAAAAAGAGAAGGAUUUAGAGAAAGCAGUGGAACGUGGAAAUGUACUUAUUCAGAAUAAGAAAGGAGAGGCCUGUGCUGCUGUUAGAGAGACCCUAAAAAAAUUAAAUCAAUCCUGGACUCAGCUGGACCGCAUGAUAAGUCUGAUGAAGGUGAGCUUGAAGUCAGUAUUGGAGCAGUGGACCCUGUACAGACGCGCGGCAGAGGAGAUUAAUGGAUACCUGAUGGAAGGCAGGUACUCAGUGUCCAGGCUGCACCUUCUCAAUGGGUCCCUCGAGGCAGUCCAGCAGCAAGUGGAGAGUCUGGAGAGUUUGCAGGAGGAGAUGGAUAAGCAAGAGAGUAGUUUGAAAAAGUUUGGGACGGUAACGCAACAGCUGUUAACAGAAUGUCACCCAUCUGUGGCCGAAACAUUAAACCGGGCACUUGGAGAUGUCAACAUUAGGUGGAAUAGUCUACUUGAGCAGAUAUCAGAUCAGUUAAGGAGCAGUAAGGCCCUGCUGGGUUUGUGGCAACAAUAUAAGACAUUAUACAACCAGUGUGUAAUCGCUGUUCAGAAACAGGAACAAAGGGCAGACCGCCUGCUCAAGAGCGCCACUGACAAGGAGAUCUCAGAAGAGGAAAAUCAAGCAUGGAUGAAGGAUUGUGAUGAUUGUCUGAGUGGCCAGGCCUCUGUGCAUCAGUCCCUUCAGCAGCUGCAGACUUUGGGGCAACAACUGAAGAGCCAAGUGGAUGCCUCCUCCUCGGCAACCCUUCAGACAGACCACCUGUCCCUCACACACCGCCUGGCAAUGCUAGAGCACUCCCUCCACAGGCAACAAGAAGUACUACAGUGUGGCUCUCAGUCGUGUGAAAGUUUCCGACAGCAGUUGAAGACACUGGUCAGAAAAGCAGAGGAGGCGGAGGAGGUGCUGAAGGAGCCAGACCCUGUAGGCUUAUCAGACUUGAAUGCUCUACAGACACAUAUGGAUAAACUCAAGAUUGAGCUUUUGAAAUUGAGCAGUCUGGCAGCAGAUUUGGAGCGCGUGAAUGAUCUGGUAUACCGACUGCCCGUCAGUGACACUGACGUCAAACAACUGCAGAGUCUGAACAGAUCCUGGGCAGCUCACUCUUCCCACCUCACAGAGAGAUUCAGCAAACUUCAAGCCAUGAUGCUGCAGCAUCAGAGCUUCCUCCAAAAGUGUGAGAAGUGGAUGGACUUCCUGUCUCAGACUGAACAGAAACUUGCAGCUGAGAUUUCAGGCAACUACCAGAGUCUGCUGGAGCAACAAAGAGACCAUGAGCUGUUCCAGGCCGAAAUGUUCAGUCGACAGCAAAUACUUUAUUCGAUCAUCAGUGAUGGGCAUCGUAUGUUAGACCAGGGACAAGUGGAUGACAGGGAUGACUUCAGUGUGAAGCUGGCCCUGCUGGGUAACCAGUGGCAGUGUGUUGUGAGACGUGCCCAGCAGAGGAGGGGUAUUAUCGACAGUUUGGUGCGACAGUGGCAGAAUUACAGAGAAACCUCAGAGAAACUGCAACGAUGGCUCCAGGAAGUGUCCCAUGAACCAGACUUGCACCAAUCUGGAGAGUGUGUGGCCUUACAGCAGGCCAGGAACCUGUUAGACCAGAUACAGCUCAGAGAAAGGGUGCUCCACCGGCAGCAGGGGGUCUACAUCCUGACUGUGGAGGCCGGGCGGAGUCUACUUAUGUCGGCCGACGCUCAGGCAGAGUCCAGGCUCCAGACUGAGCUCAUGGAGAUCCAGGACAAGUGGAGACAUGCCCACCAGCGUCUGGACCAGCAGAGGAGGGAGCUGCAUGGGCUGCUCAAGAACUGGGAGCGAUGUGAGAAAGGUAUAGAUGCUUCUCUGGAGAAGUUGAGGGCCUUCAAGAGAAAGCUAUGCUUGCCUCUCCCCGACCAUCAUGAGGAGCUCCACGCUGAACAAAUUCGAUGCAAGGAGUUGGAGGGCACAGUGGAGGGCUGGGCCGAUGACCUCACAUCCUUGUUCAUGUUGAGGGACUCGUUAGACGGUGUGGUCAGUCCUGAUGACAUCACCGUCCUUCAGCAACGCCUCCAGCUCCUCCAGCGUCAGUGGGAGGAGGUUUGCCACCAGCUUUCCCUGCGGCGGCAGCAGGUGAGCGAGAAGUUAAAUGAGUGGGCUGUAUUCAAUGAGAAGAACAAGGAGCUGUGUGAGUGGCUCACACAGAUGGAGAGCAAGGUUUCUCAGAACGGAGACAUCAGCAUUGAAGAGAUGAUCGAGAAGCUGCGCAAGGACUAUCAGGAGGAGAUCAGUGUGGCUCAAGAGAAUAAACAGCAGCUGCAGGUGAUGGGCGAGCGUUUGGCCAGGGCCAGUCAGGACAACAAGGCCUCUGACAUCCACCACAAACUCAGCAAAGUCAGUGAGCGUUGGCAACAUCUGCUCGACCUCAUCGCUGCCAGGGUGAAGAAGCUGAAGGAGACCCUGGUUGCCGUGCAGCAGCUAGAUAAAAACAUGAGCAGUCUGCGCUCGUGGCUCGCUCACAUCGAGACCGAGCUCUCCAGGCCCAUCGUCUAUGACACCUGUGACGACCAGGAGAUCCAGAGGAAACUCAACCAGCAACAGGAGCUGCAGAGGGACAUAGAAAAGCACAGCACCGGUGUGGCCUCUGUGUUAAACCUGUGUGAAGUCCUGCUCCAUGACUGUGAUGCCUGCUCCACGGAGACUGAGUGUGACUCCAUCCAACAAGCAACAAGAGGCCUGGACCGCCGCUGGAGGAACAUCUGCGCUAUGUCUAUGGAGAGAAGGCUCAAGAUUGAGGAGACCUGGAGAUUGUGGCAGAAGUUCCUGGACGAUUACUCCCGGUUUGAAGAAUGGUUGAGGGCAUCGGAAAGAACAGCUGCUCUGCCAAACUCAUCAGGAGUGCUGUAUACUGUAGCCAAAGAGGAACUGAAGAAAUUUGAGGCCUUCCAGCGCCAGGUGCAGGAGUGUCUAACACAGCUGGAGCUUAUUAACAAACAGUACCGUCGUCUGGCCCGGGAAAACCGCACUGACUCCUCCUGCCGCCUCCGAGAAAUGGUGCAUGAUGGGAACCGGCGCUGGGACAACCUGCAAAAGAGGGUCACUGCUAUUCUGCGCAGACUUAAGCACUUUAUUGGUCAGAGGGAGGAGUUUGAGACAGCGAGGGACAGCAUCCUUGUGUGGCUUACAGAGAUGGACCUCCAACUGACCAACAUAGAGCAUUUCUCUGAAUGUGAUGUUCAAGCCAAGAUUAAACAACUCAGGGCAUUCCAGCAGGAGAUCUGCCUGAACACAGGCAAGAUAGAGAUGGUGUUCAGACACGGUGACGCUCUGAUAGAGAAGAGUGAACCCCUGGAUGCCGCGGUGAUUGAGGAGGAGCUGGAGGAGCUGCAGAGAUACUGUCAGGAAGUGUUCGGACGAGUGGAGCGCUACUACAAGAAGCUCACACGGCUGCCUUUGGCCGAUGAUGACCUUGAUGGUUCAGACAGAGAGCUGGAGUUGGAGGAGGGUCCGGAGCUCCAGUGGUCCGACUCUCCUGUUCCUCGGACAUCCAGUCGCCCUGCUUCUGGCACUGCCCCCCUCCUGAGGGCAGAGCGGUCAGGCCGGGACACUCCAGCUAGUGUGGACUCUAUCCCCCUGGAGUGGGACCACGACUACGAUCUGAGCAGAGGCCUAGAGAGUCCAGGGGGUAGGGGCCACAGGGAAGAUCCAGACCAGGAGGAUGAGGAGGAGUACCUGAGGACAGCCUCAGCUGUGCUCUCAGGAGAUGCAGCCCAACUGGAAGCCAGUCUGAGGCAGCUGGACCAGGCUCUGGACGCAGGGCGGUACCACCUUCAGCAGAGAGAGGCCAAUGCCAACCGCAGCAGCCCGGACUCCACAUAUAUGGGCUAUAUGCGCCUGAUGGGAGAGUGUCGGGGCAGUAUUGAUGCAGUGAAACGAGCAGAGGGAGAAUUGACUGAGGAUGAAGAUGAUGUCCCAGGAUUUACCAACCCGGACAGCACAGAUGCUCAGAGCACUGGUGUGAUUGAACGGUGGGAGCUGAUCCAUGCCCAGUCCCUCAGUGAGAAGCACAGGUACAAGCAGGACCUGCAACAGUGGCAGCAGCUGAUCUCAGAUCUGCAGACCAUGAGGGCCUGGUUGGGACAAUGUGAGGCAGAACUCAGCCAACUGAGAGGACAGCACCAGAGCACAGACAUCCACACCAUACAACUAAGAAUCAAGAAACUCAAGGAUCUGCAGAAAGGAAUGGAUGUGCACAAAUCAGAGGUGCUCUCCAUAAACCUGAGCAGUGCAGACUUUCUCCAGUCUGAGCCUGACACUGAAGAGGCCUGGGAGCUGCGAGACGCCCUCAAAGAGAUGAACUCUCGCUGGGACCACCUUGGGACCUCCCUGGAGGAUUGGAGGAGUGAACUGCAGAGGGCGCUGUUGCAGUGUCAGGAGUUUCAUGAACUUAGCCAUGGUCUGCUGCUUUGGCUGGAAAACAUUGAUCGCAGAAGAAAUGAGGUGGUGCCCAUUCCUCAAAGAGCCAACCGAGAGACUUUAGUAGCUUGUCACAACACACUAACACAAAUAAAGCAUGAACUGCUGAACUCGCAGCAGAAGGUAUCAUCCCUGCAGGAUUUGUCCACUCAGCUGUUGGUCCACACCAGGUCCCCCUCAUCCCGGGACCCCCAGCAGCUGCAGGCUCAGGGCAGUGAGUGUCUGGAGGCCCAGGAGAAGGUCCAUGUGAUCUGGAACAGGCUGAAGCUGCUUCUGAGGGAGGUGAGCUCUGACCUGGAGGAACUGGAGAGGAGAUUGGAGUUAGCCCACUCACAACAGGAUGUCGUUCCUUUGCCUGUUGCAAAAGUGGAGACCAUUCAUUUAGCCGAAACAGUGUCAGAAGUGGUCCAUCAAAAACCACUAACGCCCCGAGGUAAAAGUAGUCAGAUCCACCCGGGACAUCCCGAGAGCAGACCGCGCCACAGCCGGGGCAAAUCACGAGGCGUCGCUGGCUACGGUUCCUCCCGUUCUGACCUCCCAGACUCUGCCCCCUGCCCCUCCUCCUCUGCCGGGGGCCACUCGUUUGUGCUGCGUGUGCUCCGGGCGGCCCUCCCCGUCCAGCUGCUGCUCCUCCUCCUCAUCGGCCUGGCAUGCCUCGUGCCCAUGACGGAGCAGGAUUACAGCUGUCACCAUGCCAACAACUUUGCCCGCUCCUUUCACCCCAUGCUGCGCUACACCAACGGACCUCCGCCCAUCUGAGCGACACAAGUAUCUACCUACUGCUUUUGCCAAGGACACCACUGACUCCUGUGAAUGUCUCCAUCGCCCCAAGCCCUAAAGCAUCCAACUGUCCCAUUGGAAAGCACUACAUAAUGAAGUGACUCGUGUCCUUACUGAUGUUGCACACCCUUGUCCUAAAACCCUCCAGAAAAAGUGGACCUUUAUCUGAAAGACCACCCCCAGUCCCAAUAUUUCAUGAACUAAUGUGUAUAUUAUUUUUAAGGUUUCUGGGAAAACCUGGUAAAUCAUUGAAAAGCAAAGCACUAUUUAUAUACUGUAUGUUGGGAGCCAAAGUCAACUGUGCUAUUGUCCAUUAUACCCAGUGCUGCUACUAUUUAUUGAUAGUGUUCAAUCACUUGUUAGUAGGGUUAGUACUUAUAAAUCUCAAGCAACAAAUGUUUGUUGUACCUGUAAAUUAGAGUAGUAAUAGUAAAGCUGCCACUGGUGUAGCUAUUAUUCAUGAGUUUCUUUUGACUGACAAAUUUAAAGAACCAUUGAGAUAAAACUGACAUAAAUAAUACUGUACAUUUUAAAUAAUGUACUUGUAUGUGUGGCAGCUGCUGCACAGAUCUGUGCUAAAACGGAAGUCUCUUUUGAAGCUAAAGCACUGAGGGCACUAUUGAAGGUACUGCACUGAUGCCGUCCAGCCAAAAUGGCUGAUUUUAAUUUUUAUUUUGUGUUAUUUUCUUAUUUCAGUAUUGAAUCAUUUAGGGGCAAUUAUGUACAACACAUAUGAGCACUCUGAUUACAAAGUAAUUUAUACAUGAAUGUUGCCUUUGCUUAUAAGCCAGGGCAGUUAUUUUUUUAUCUGUUUGAGCAUGCACUUAAAAGUCCCUAGCUUUUAAGAAAGCCAAACAAUCACUGGUAGUGUUUAGUUGACGGCUGUGAUAUUGAAAUAUGUGCUUUGUAUUAAUGGUAAUAAUGAAUUCGCUGUGAUGACACAUCAAAAUCACUGCGUUGUUGAACCAGAAUCUGUAAAAAUAAUAUGAAAAUUGUUAUUUAUGUAUGUACAGUUUGCUAAUGCUGACUCUUUGAAAUAAAACUUGAAAUAUUUAC